AUGGACGACGAUGUGCAAUUGACGACCCAUAAUGUUAGGGAAUUAACUGAAGAAGAGAGCAGUCAAUUAGCAAUGGAUACCGUCUUAUUGACACCUUUCAAACGACAAAAAUUAGAAAAAGAAGCUAAAAAAAAUUGGGAUCUCUUUUACAAAAGAAAUACUACAAAAUUUUUUAAAGAUAGGCACUGGACAACUCGAGAAUUUAAAGAACUCUGCUCCGAGGAUAAUAAAAACAGCAAUGUAAGCUCCAAACGUUACAUGCUGGAAGUAGGUUGUGGCGUUGGUAAUGCUGUUUUUCCUUUGAUUGAAGAAGGAUGCCAACUCUAUAUUUACGCUUGCGAUUUCUCACCUCGGGCAAUUGAUUUUGUAAAGAGCAAUAGAUUGUAUGAUGAAGCAAAAUGCCAUGCCUUUGUAUGCGACAUCACUUGCGAUGAUUUGACGCUGUCAAUUCCAGCUGCUACUAUCAAUAUCGCUACAUUGAUUUUUGUCUUGUCAGCUAUUACACCACAAAAAAUGAGUGCAGCUAUUGCUAAUAUCGGCAAGGUCAUGGCAACUGGGGGAACUUUGCUAUUUCGCGAUUACGGAAUUUAUGAUCACGCUAUGCUAAGAUUCUCUCGUGGACAUAAAAUAGAUGACAACUUUUACGUCAGGCAAGAUGGUACGAUGGCUUACUUUUUUUCUGAAGAGGCAACUCGUAAACUGUUCAUCGGCGAGGGAUUCGAAGUCGUAACGUGCGAAUAUGUAUACCGACAAACUGUCAAUAAAAAGGAAAAUCUUUCUGUUCCUAGGGUAUUUUUGCAAGGGAAAUUUAAAAAAUUAUAG